CUGGUUCGUUCAAUCGGUGUCUCAAACUUCAAUUCCCAGCAAUUGAAAGAUAUAAUACAGAAGACAUCGACCAUUCCGGUGCUAAAUCAAGUGGAAUCGCAUCCAAUCCUAAGUAAUGAAAAACUGUUUCAAUUCUGUAAACAACGGAAUAUAGCGAUGACUGCAUACUCACCGCUCGCCAGAGUUGGCAAUGGUAUAGAUGUGUCUCCGUUAGAGGAUUCAGUCAUUAAAAAGUUGGCCAAAAAAUAUAAAGUAUGCGAAGGGGCUGUAUGUAUACGAUGGCAGACCCAGAGGGGACUGAGUGUCAUCCCAAAGAGUGGCACAAAAGAGCGAAUUAAGUCGAAUAUAAAUGUAUUUCAUUUCACGUUAACUGACGAUGAAAUCAAAGAAAUUAUGGCUUUAAAUAAAAAUCUGCGGACUUCUAAACAUAAUAGACAUGGAUCUGAUAAGACUAAGAAUAAUCCUUUCCUUAUAGAGUUC